AUGUUCUCUCUUCACCGGUUGAGUUCGGCGAGCCGCGCCUUGUUGGCGACGUGCUUACUCCUUGUGCUUCUGCCAGCCGUCUUGGCACAGGCAACAUCAAAUCCCUUCCCUGCUUGCGCGACGCGCUGCAUUGGCAAUGCCUUCCAAGAGGGCCUGUGUGCACCCACAAACCAGACAUGCAUCUGUACCAACCAGCAGUUCCAGGGCACCGUUGCUCUCUGUGUCCAGCAGAGCUGCACCAUUCCUGAGUCUCUAGCUACUCGCAAUGCGAGCUUGACAAAUUGCGGCGCCCCUGUCCGCGACCGGUCGGGCAAGUAUGUCGUCCUCUCCAAUACCAUGGCCAUCAUUGCUGCCAUCUUCGUCGUCCUCCGAUUCGGCCUUAAGCUUUUCAUCGCCCCGAGUCCUCUUGGCCUUGACGACUGGUUCAUCCUUUUGACGCUCCUCGUCGCUACACCCUCGGCCGUCAUCACCGUCUAUGGAACCACGGCCAACGGUCUUGGGAAGGAUAUUUGGACGCUCGAUGGUCACAUGAUCACAGCGGUCGGCCGCUACUUUUAUAUCAUGGCCUCGCUCUACUUUACGCAGCUUACCUUGCUCAAGCUCUCCAUUAUCUUCUUUUACACCCGCAUCUUCCCGGCCCGCGAGGUACAACGCCUCCUCUGGGGCACCGCCAUCUUCACCGUUUGCUAUGGCGUCGCCUUUGUCAUCACGGCAAUCUUUCAGUGCCAGCCCAUCCACUACUUCUGGACCAAGUGGGACGGCAUGCACGAAGGGAAGUGCCACAACGCCAACACGAUCAGCUGGACCAACGCCGCCAUCAGUAUUGCCCUGGACUUAUGGAUGCUUGCCAUCCCGCUCUGGCAGCUCCGCAGCCUCAAGCUCCACUGGAAGAAGAAGGUCGGCGUUGCCAUGAUGUUUUGUGUCGGCACUUUCGUCACGGUCGUCAGCAUCUUGCGUCUGCAAUCGCUCGUUCAUUUCGCCUCCACGAAUAACACGACUUGGGAAUUCUACGACGUGUCGGUCUGGUCGACCAUUGAGAUCACCGUCGGUAUCAUGUGUGCCUGCAUGCCCGCUGUUCGUCUUCUCCUGGUGCGCUUCUUCCCCGCUCUUGCAGGCUCCUCAGCACGCAGCCGCGGAGCCAUGUACUACGAGUAUGGCAGCGGACCUCGCUCGAAGACAGCGGGCACACGCAAUGGCACCCGCACGGGAACGACCGUCGGUGUGUCUACGUCUGGCGGGCACUCUCCCGACCUCAAGCUCGGAAGCGGCGGCGGCAUCGUCACGCAAAAGUCAUACGAUGUGCAGUACAGUGAUAAUGACGAGGCGAGUUUGGUCCACAUGAGCGAUCUACCGCCAGUGGCCAAGAGGCCUUGA